AUGCUCAGGUGUUUGUGGGGGGGGGUCAGGUACUCCAACCGCAGCAGGAGGAGGGGGCGGCUGCUCAGUUUCCUGGUCGGUCAGGCCAAGAUGGCCGUCUAUGUGAGCAGGAGGAGGAUGGUCCAGGACCAGAGUGAGAUCAGUCCCAGGGCUCUGCUGGUCCGGAUGGUCCAGGCCAGACUCAGGCUGGAGUUCGGUCUCUAUAGGAUAAAUGGGGAUCAGGAGGGGUUUGAGGAGCGCUGGGGGUUCAGGGAGGUGUGCUCUGUGAGGGACGGGGAGCUGUUUUUUUCUGCCUUUUUAUCGUUGUAA